AUGCCAACUAUAAAUCAACAUAACUCCACCUUUUUGACACCAUGCCCACCAGACUCCGCCACCGCAAAUGUGGUUGUUUCGGAUAGAUUGGUGAUCAAUACUAUGAAGGAGAAUAUUGGGGAGAGUGAGGCGAGACUGGUGGUGGUAGAGUCCGAUAGGUGUUGUAGCCGAAAGGUGGUGCUAUAUGGAUAUAUAGGUGGUGGCUUGUGUUUGGUGAAGCCAGAAGAAGCUCAUUAUGGUGGAGGGAUAGUUGUAAAUCCAGAACUGAAUCACGGGUUAAAAGGUUGGACAACAUUAGGCAAUGCUAAAGUCGAACUUCAAGAAUCCGAAGAUGGUAACAAAUACAUAGUUGUGUCCAAUAGAAAUAGAACGUUCGAUUGUUUUACACAGAAAUUUAAUUUGGAGAAGGAUAAACUUUACGUGUUCUCCGCUUGGUUACGGGUAAGCCAAGGGAAAGCUCACGUAGCUGCUAUGUUCAAAACACAAACUGGCUAUGAAUUUGUUGGAUGGACCAUGGCUCGAAAGGGUUGUUGGUCCAUGCUUAAGGGUGGCAUUGUUGUGAAUUCUUCUAGCCCUGCCUACCUCUAUUUUGAGACUGAAGAUCCAUCAAUUAAUAUUAUGGCAGACAGUAUUUCAUUGCAACCAUUUACACACGAAGAGUGGAAGUCUCACCAAGAUCAAAACAUUGAGAAGAUUCGCAAGAGCAAGGUGAAAUUUCAAGCUGUUGAUCAACACGGCCAACCAUUACCCAAUGCAACGAUCUCCAUCAAACAAAAUAAACGGAGUUUCCCCUUUGGUUGUGCGAUAAACAAUAAUAUCCUAUCAAAUACUGCAUACCAGAACUGGUUCUUGCCCAGGUUUACACACACAGUAUUCGAGAACGAAAUGAAGUGGUAUGCCACUGAAAGUUCCCGUGGCAAGAUAAACUACAAUACCGCUGAUGCCAUGCUUAAGUUUGCGAAAACACACAAUAUUCAAGUUCGAGGUCAUAAUGUUUUCUGGGAAGAUCCGCGAUACCAACCUAAUUGGGUAGGAGGACUUUCGAAAAAUGACCUAUUGAAUGCCACGGAGCAAAGGAUAAUUUCUAUAGUAAAACGAUAUAUAAGACAGUUGAUCCAUUGGGAUGUCAUGAAUGAAAAUCUGCAUUUUUCAUACUAUGAAUCGAAGAUUGGGGGGAUAGCAUCCACUGCUUUUUAUAAGAAGGCGUACAAGAUUGAUCGGAGAACAACUCCAUUUUUGAAUGACUAUAACACAAUCGAGGAUAGCAGGGAUGGUGCAGCCUCACCGCCUAAGUAUUUGCAUAAGAUUAAACAACUUAGACGAGAAGGUUACAAGGGUCCUUUGGGGAUUGGAUUGGAGGGUCAUUUUCAAACUGCAAAUCUUCCUUACAUACGAGCUUCACUCGAUCAUCUUACUUCCGCAAAACUACCCAUUUGGAUUACUGAAUUGGAUGUUCAAUCCGGACCUAACCAGGCCAAAUACUUGGAGCAGAUUAUAAGGGAGGUUCAUGCGCACAGGGGUGUAGAUGGGAUAAUGAUUUGGGCUGCAUGGAGUCCACAAGGAUGCUAUAGAAUGUGUUUAACAGACAACAAUUUCGAAAACUUAGAAACUGGAAACGUUGUUGACAAAAUCUUGUCUGAAAUUGGCCUUGUUUCAAGUCUAAAUGGAACCACAGACUCUAAUGGUUACUUUGAAACUUCACUAUUUCAUGGAGUUUACGAAGCCCAAAUCAAUCAUCCAACAGCACUGUCAGAAUCUUACAACAUAAAAAGGUUUAAUGUGGCAUUGAUGGGGAGAAAUCCGAAGAGAACAACGCUAGUCAAAAUCCGUGCAUGAAGAGUCGACGACAGAUUUAGUAGCUAGAACAAAGACAUAUCGAUUUAUACCUUUUUAUUUCUGAUC